ACUGUUAAAAUGGUAUGAUCUUUCCUCUAAGUGCAGGUCCGCCGGAUGACAACUUCACCACACAGGGCAGAAAUACUGGCUUCAUCUCUUGAAGCUUUUCGAAAAAUUCAACAUGAAAGAGCUAGUUUGUCAGCUACAGGGAUGGAGAAAAUGGCAUCUAAUUGUUAUGAUCAUUAUUGUGGAAGUUCUAGUGUUGUGGAGACAUAUAAUGAGAAAGGUGACAAAAAAAGCAGUUCAAGUGAAUCAUUAGAGAAAAGUAGGAAGCAGAGUAAUGCAUCUAAUUCUUCUCUGGGUAAUUUGAGUAGAGAGAAGAGUCACGCUGAUUCGGGAAAGUCUGCUUCUCAUGCAUCUAGAUUACCUCCUAAGGAAGGGGUUUCCUCAUCUGUCGGUGGAAAGAACAAGAGAGACAGUGAGAAAAAUCUAAAGCCAAUAGAUCACUUGAAGAGACAUUCUGAAAGAGACAAGGAAAAGCGAAAUGGAAGCUCCUGGAGAUCCAUGGACGCUUGGAAGGAGAAGAGAAACUGGGAAGAUGUACUCUCCACUCCAUACCGAGUUUCAUCUCGUUUCUCGCAUUCACCUGGCAUGAGUAGGAAAAGUGCAGAGCGUGCACGCAUUUUGCAUGACAAACUCAUGUCUCCUGAGAAAAAGAAGAAGUCAGCUAUUGACUUAAAAAAAGAAGCGGAAGAAAAGCAUGCACGUGCAAUGAGAAUUAGAAGUGAGCUUGAAAAUGAGAGAGUUCAAAAGCUUCAACGAACAUCUGAGAAGCUGAACCGUGUAAAUGAAUGGCAAUCCGUGCGUAGUAUGAAAUUGCGAGAGGUGAUGCAUGCUCGGCACCAGCGUAGUGAAUCCCGACAUGAAGCUUACCUAGCUGAAGUUGUGAGAAGGGCGGGCGAUGAAAGCAUAAAAGUAAAUGAAGUUCGAUUCAUUACUUCACUCAAUGAAGGGAACAAAAAGCUCAUCUUGCGGCAGAAACUCCAUGAUUCUGAGUUGAGGAGGGCUGAGAAGCUUCAAGUGCUAAAAACUAAACAGAAAGAAGAUAUGGCAAGGGAAGAAGCUGUUUUGGAACGCAAGAAACUAAUUGAAGCAGAAAAGUUGCAGCGCCUUGCAGAGACACAGAGGAAAAAGGAAGAGGCACAGGUAAGAAGGGAAGAGGAGCGUAAAGCAUCAAGUGCUGCACGCGAAGCAAAGGCUAUGGAACAGAUGCGGAGAAAGGAGUUUCGAGCCAAAGCUCAACAGGAGGAAGCUGAACUCCUGGCCCAGAAGUUAGCUGAAAGACUCAGAGAAAGUGAACAGCGUCGUAAAAUUUAUCUGGAGCAAAUACGGGAAAGAGCUUCAAUGGACUUCAGAGAUCAGUCUUCGCCAUUAUUCCGUCGUUCUGUGGCUAAGGAGGGGCAAGGUAGAUCUACGCCAAUCAGUAACUGUGAAGAUAAUAACGAAAAUAGUGGUGUUGCUCCUGAAGGCUCUACGCUUGCUACUGGCCACAUGGCUACCCAACAUUCAUUAAAACGAAGGAUCAAAAGAAUUCGCCAACGACUUAUGGCAUUGAAAUAUGAUUUUCCUGAGCCUUCAAUCGGCGGUACUGAAAAUGCAGGUUUUGUGUAUAGAACUGCAGUGGCAAAUGCGAGGGCGAAGAUUGCGAAGUGGCUCCAAGAACUUCAAAGACUUCGUCAAGCAAGAAAAGAAGGGGCUGCAAGCUUUGGACUAAUAACAGCUGAAAUAAUUAAGUUUUUGGAGGGGAGGGAUGCUGAGCUGCAGGCUUCUCGUCAAGCUGGUCUGGUUGAUUUUAUUGCUUCUGCACUUCCCGCAUCUCACACAUCAAAGCCAGAAAGCUGCCACGUGACAUUGUACCUUCUAAGGCUUCUGAAAGUUGUACUUUCAGCGGCUGCAAACAAGGGUUAUUUUCUUGCUCAGAAUCUACUGCCCCCUAUAAUCCCCAUGUUGGCGGCAGCUCUUGAAAACUACAUCAAAAUUGCAGCCUCAUCAAAUGGAUCUGCUUCUGCCAACCUGGUUACCUGUAAGACAUCAACUGACAGAUUGGAGUUAAUCUCUGAAAUUCUGGAUGGUUUCCUUUGGACUGCUGCAGCAAUCAUUGGUCAUGCAAGUUCGGAUGAACGUGCCCUUCAACUGCAAGAUGGUUUGAUUGAGCUUGUAAUUGCAUACCAAGUUAUUCACCGGUUAAGGGAUCUUUUUGCACUUUAUGAUAGACCACCUGUAGAGGGUUCACCUUUCCCUUCAUCAAUCCUCCUUGGCGUAAAUCUGUUGGCAGUUCUUACAUCCAGAUUCAGAAAUGUGUCUUCAAUAACAUGUAAAAACAUUCCUACUGUAUCAACUCGAAGUAAUGAAAAGAGCGACAUCGAACUUGCUGAAGCUGCAGACUUGAAGUCUUCUUCUCCUUUGUGCAAUUCCCAGAAUGAUGGUAAAUUGGUAUUUCCUGCAGUAAAUGGAGGAGUAGCUUCGUCUUUGCCGGAUGUACCGGAGGAUAGGCCCCUGGAUGAAUUUUCUAAAAUAAAAGAAAAUGAGGGCUCAGUUGUAAUUGAUCAGAACUCUGACAAAGUUGACUUACUUGCUGCUAAUACGGAAACUGCAGAUGUAUUGCAGGAAUCUACAACCAUCGUGACAUAUGAUACCCUUCAACUGGACGAGAAGAAAUCUCAAGAUAAUAGUAAAGGUCAUAUCAGUGGAAAUGCAUCAGUGUUGAAGCAGGCUGUAAAGUUUCUUCUUUCUGCCAUAUCUGAGACUGGAUUAGUCUGUCUUCCGUCAAUGUUGACAGCUGUAUUAUUGCAGGCUAACAAUAGAUGUUCUGAACAGGCAUCAUUUGUCCUUCCAUCCAAUUUUGAAGAUGUGGCAACUGGUGUACUAAAAGUGUUGAACAAUUUAGCAUUAAUAGACAUAUCUUUUGUCCAGAAGAUGCUCGCCCGACCAGAUCUGAAGAUGGAAUUCUUUCACUUGAUGAGUUUUCUUCUCUCUCAUUGCACGAGCAAGUGGGGCGGAGCAACUGACCAGAUUGGUUUGCUGCUGCUGGAAUCAUUGUCGCUUCUUAGUUAUUUUUCAUUGUUCCAUCAUGACAACCAAGCUGUUCUUCGAUGGGGAAAGAGCCCUACAAUUCUUCACAAGGUAUGCGACCUGCCUUUUGUGUUCUUUAGCGAUCCUGAGUUAAUGCCAGUCUUGGCGGGGACCAUGGUUGCUGCCUGCUUUGGAUGUGAACAGAAUAAGAAUGUCAUUCAGCAAGAACUCAGCACAGAUAUGCUCCUUGCUUUGCUGAAAGCUUGUAGAAGUAAUCUUCCAUCACCUGAUUCUUUUACAGUACCUAAUAAUCCAUCACUAGAUGAGACUGGUGCAUCUGCUCAGCUGGUUCCUGAAUCUAAAAGCCUUCAAGUUGAUGUCCCACUGAGAUCAAAUCGCAACAAUCAACGCAAUGCUAGGGCCCUUUCCCAGAGAGGUGGUCCAUUGCCAACUACUAGAACUGGCAGAAUCCGAAGCUUAAGAGACAAUAAAGUGUUGAAGCCUUGUGAAGGCAAGGGUCUGAAGAGCAAUUCAUCUGUACCUGAGAGUACUGCCGCAUGGAUGUUGCACUCUAGAUUAUCUACUGAUGUACUUGAUAAAGCAGAGCAGUUUUUUGCUGCAGUUAUCUGCAAUGAGAAUGGAGAGUUAUGAGUUUACUUACUGUAUAGUAUAUCCAUUCUUUUGAGUGCUUAAUGCCAAAUAAGCACAGUAUAUGACACUAAUCUUCUUUACGGCGAUAUACUAGUUAUCGCUUCGGAACUGGUCAAGAAAGAUUUAGCCGUUCAAUACUUACAAUGUGGCAGUUGAAAAGUCUUCACUUGCUCUGCUGACACCCACUUAGAACAAAAAUUGAGGAUGUAGAUUCCUUUAGGCACUAGUAACUAGUAGUAAGAUAGAUGCAGCAGCUGUUGCUUGGUUUUAGUAGUGAUCUUAAAGUAAUAUAUUACUGCGCUACUAAAAUCCUAAAGCCUCUCCCUCAUUUUCUCUCGAGGAAAGCAUUUUUCGAGUGUCUGGUUACAACCAUAACUUCCUAUCUAUGAUAACGGUUAUUGUAUACCGAGUUCUUGGAAUGUAAACAAAACAGUUUUGUA